AUGGGAGCGGAGGGCUCGAAGCAUGACGACUUCAGGGCGUACACACUCUAUGAGCUGCAGUCUGCCAGACGAUCAAAGAUCAACGAAGACGGAGAGAGAGAGAGGACCAAGUUAGACAAAGAGCGCUCUCAGAAUCUUUCAUCAUUGGCUCUUCACCUGUCCGAUUCCUUUCACGCAGCGUCUUCUGGACUGCUCGAAGUGAUACAGACGGGCUCUUGCGAGCCUUCGACCACAGCUGAAGACUUGGUUUGUAACCCAUGUGCACCUCGUCCCAGGUCGACAUUAAAUGCGCUGCAGGUUGAAGAAGCACAGGGCCCAGAGGAGGAGUUGAAGGACAAGGACGUCCCGAAUGAAACUUCAAAGGAAGAGGGCGAGAAGAAAACGACGCCGGAGGAGGUUUCGAUGGAUCCUGCAGGAAAUGAGGCGAAAGAAGUCGAAGGAGCCUCGGAGAACAAGGACACUGCUGUCGGGACGAAGGAUGUAAAAGAAGAAAAUCAGAAGGAUGAGAAUGAAGAAAGUCACAAAGAUGUGAAAGAAGCAAUUCAGAAGGAAGACAAGGAAGGUGAGCCGGUGGAGGGAAACACUGCAGCAAGCGGAACUCCAGUCCAAUCUCCGAAGGCGCAAGACGAAGGAAGGCCUGCAAGCUUCGGAAGCCGCAGUAGCAGAGAGGAAGCGCUGGCCUUUCAGAAGUUGGUGAAGAGUAAGGCAGAGAAGAUGGGCGUUACUCUGCGGAAAGCAACGGAACUCCGUAACAUCGACCUCCACGACAAUGAACAAGAUAGCAAGAGAUGA